CACCGAUGGCGAGUGCUGCGUGCGACUUCAUGGUGGUGCGAUUGAGUCGCCUUUUCUUGCUUGCUUGCGUGAUAGAGAGCUUGAGCAGCGAGCGUGGGGCCAAGUGUGCGGUCUGGGAGAUGGGAUGGUAGUUGUGCUGCGAGAGUGUGGCUUCAGCGUCUCGCAGAGCUUUCGGAUAUCCGGUGAUUGCUGGACAUUAUAAUGACGAAUGAGACAACAUGCACCUCGAGCCUCGCCUCGCCUUCAUUUGACUCACACACUCACGACUCACGACUCCAAGCUCUAACCACGCGUGCAUGGUCCUCGUCGCUCACGCCAUCGUCGCGCCCAGCCAUGCGUGCAUGCAGCCACGCACGCUUCGGCAUCCUUCUUGUGCUAAGAGCGCGUGGAGCGCUAGCAGCAGCUGCAUGCACGAGCCUUAUUUUGGUCGCAGUGCCACGUCGGCAAGCGUCUCGUGAGUUGCUCGGCCGAUAAAAAGCAAAGAGCUGAACACGUGACCCGCAUGCUCGGUCUGCCGAACGCAGGCGCCGC